AUGUCACAUUGGAGUGACGCAGGAAGAGAACCCCUCCGUCAACCAGACCAAUACCUGUCCCACAGGGUAUCGGAUCUCUCCCAGUACAGUGACUACGGGAACACGCGCUCGAACCCUUACGAUAGUCCCGGGCCGCUGCGCGGUCGCGAAUCGCUCGUCAGCCUCAGCUCGAGAGCAUCAUUCAGUACCCUCAAUCCAUGCGAAGAGCUUCACGACGAAGGGAAAAUCGAUUCCUCUCCCACAAAAUCAUGGACGGGGAGCCUGGGGUACACCGGCGCAUCGGGCGCGGGGUACGCGCCUGUUGGAAGGCCCGUGCCGUCGAGGACACCGUCAAAGGCGAGUUAUAGGUCGCGGAUAGGGACUUCGCUACGCCGACCAGGCCCGGAUACGAUUGACGAAGAGGAAUUUGACCUUUCGCUUAUGCAAGCCGCGGCGCCCAUGGGUGGCCAUCCCGACGUGUUGGACGAGGAUCGCAUAAUUGCUCCAGGCUUCGACGUGGGGUCCGCGCUGGGGCCCAUGGGCGCACAAGACGAGGCGUUCAUACGCAAACUCGAGGACGACGAGGCCAAGGGGAUGCUGACUGGCGGGCUUGGCCUCGGGUUCCGACCAAACACGACCGUGAGCGAUGCUGAUCUUCUGUCUUCUCCGACAGUCGCCCAGCGCAGCCUCUCGCGAUCGUUCACGCGGAGGAUGUCAAGAAAACGACUGGGCCGCGUCGAGACGAUCAGAUAUGCUGGCCAAGGCGAAGCGAACCGCAGAGGCGAGGUGAUCGAGGUUGUUGUCGAAGAGCCAGAGCCAGCCGGCGCCGACUUGAGCACAAUGGAGGGACCGACGGGCAUCACGUCGGACGAAGCGCGACGUUCCACCUUCAACCUGGGCAAAGCAGCCACGACGCAGAUCUUUUAUCCGCAGCCAAACUGGAAACCAUUCUCGAUGCGCUGGCCAUAUCUCUCCAUGCUCAUCCUGCUAUCAAUCGGUCUGGCUGUGAUGACGCAGGUUCUCUUCCGCAUGUACACGCGCGACAACCCCAUCCUGCGUUUCAAGAGCCCGAGUGAAGUCGACGAGGGUAUAUACUUCACUGUGCGCUUCGGACCGACCAUUGUCGCCGUCGUGUACGGCGUGUUGUGGCAGUUUACCGAUUUCGAAGUGCGACGGCUCGAGGCGUACUUCCAAAUGUCCAAGCCAGGCGGUGCGCUUGCUGCCGAGUCCAUCAAUGUCGACUAUGUCUCAAUGUUCAGCUUCUUCCGACCUUUCCACGCGCUGAAAGUUGGGCAUCACGCUGUCGCCUUGUCGAGCGCAGCGACGACGUUUGCCGUGUCUUUGGUGCCCACCUUUGCAGCGGCAGCAUUGACGCUGGGGAAGAGGGAAGGGUUCCAGGAGAUCUACUUCUCGCCCGUGUCCACGUAUCUGUUGACAGCCGUGCUGACGCUGAACGUCGUCGGCGGUUUGGGGCUCUUCUACCUGUUGCAGACCAGACGGACAGGCCUGGUGGCCGAUGUCCGUGGUAUAGCUGGGCUGGCAUCCAUGGCUGUGGUCAGCCACAUUCUGAUGGACUUCAAAGACCUCGAUACAGCCAAGCCAAAGGAUAUACAUCACAAGCUCAAGUACCAUCGCUACUUGUUGCGAAACUCGUCACUGACGCCAGACGACGAGAACCCGGCAUCGAGCCGGGACAGGGAGAAGUACGAGGGGACGCAUUUCUCCCAGAACCCGCACCCAGCCAUGCUCCGCGCGGCGUCGUGCAUACCUUUCAUUAUCGCCCUCAUACUAUUCACGGGCUUCAUCCCAGCGUUUCUCUUCACACCUGCCGAAGUGGUCACUGAAAAGGUACCCUGGCUAGCGACUGCCAUGGCGGUUGGUCUCAAACUCGGCUGGACAAGUCUUGAGACGGCGGUGAGGAUGAUGGAGCCAUAUUACAUCCUCUCGAAGCGACACGCCCCUUCCAAGAUUCUGACGUUGGACUACACAGCCUUGCCCUUUGCGUACAUGCCGCUGCGAGCGCUAAUCAACGGGCACUUUAUCAUGUUCCUCCUUGGUUGGGGUAGUGUCAUGGCCGAGUUCCUGACCAUCCUCGUCUCCAGUCUCGUCACCGUCCGUGGCAGGGAGUUCAUGCACAACUCUGGCAUCGAUCCUGACGAUAUGGAGUCUGGUCAAGAAACGGCUCGGUCCUUUUUCGUAUCCCUGGCCACGGCGCUCUUCAUCCUGCUAUACAUGACCCUCGUCUCGACCAUGGUCUUUGUGCGACGGCGCCAUCCCUUCCUCCCCCGACAACCGAGCACCAUUGCUUCUGUCUUGGCGUUCAUUCACCAAAGCAAAAUGGUGUACAAGUUUGUGGGGACGAGCAAACUGACCAACUCGCAAAUGGCGGACCGCCUCGACGACGGCACGACCUACGGCCUGGGCUGGUUCAAGGGUAGAGAUGGCCAGAUCCACUGCGGCGUGGAUCAGGAGGAACUGAUGAGUGCGUACAAGCAUGGUGUCGAUGCGAGCAAGGGUAGCGAGCCGUGGAACAUGCAAUGGGACGUUCUUUGA